UGCUGUGGAAGCGGCACCUUCGCACCGGGCCGGGCAGAAGUGUGCCAGCGGGACUCGGGCAGAAGGUGCCGUAUUUUUAAACCCGGAACAGCCGAAGCUUUAUUAAUCCCCUCUGCGACUCAGCUCCCCCAGUGCUUGUGGGCCAGGCCCCCACAGCAAAAUCCGGCAGCGCGUUUGUCAUUACUGGCUCUGACAGCGAACAAAGCGAAACAAUAUGUUAGUGUCACAGCUGACUUCCCAGUUACUGAAGGCUUCACGAAUUGCAGGCCACCUUUUGCCAAGGUCAGCGUCUUCCUUUCUUCGCUGUCAUUCUACAUCUGCACACUAUAGCACACAGCCAUCUGGCAAGAGUGGAGCCCAGCCUCAGCAGUGGUAUGCUCUGGACCCUGAACUGGAAGAGAUGCUGAUCCCCAGAAAACUUUCCAUCAGCCCCUUAGAAAGCUGGCUGACAGUUAGAUACUCCCUUCCUAAAGCAGAAGUCCUUAAUGCUCAGGAAGGAGUGGGCUAUGAACCUCUCCAGCGAUAUGACUGUCCCCCAUCUGAUGAGGGAGCUGAUGUGGAGGAAGGAGAGGGGACACUUAGCAACAAGCUUCAAUGUAAGAACGUUUUGAAGAUUCGCAGAAGGAAAAUGAAUCGGCACAAGUUCAAAAAGCUGCUAAAGCGAAGAAAAUUUGUACGGAGGAGGAUAAAGGAAGGUCGCAAGAAGAAACGUCAGAUAAAAUUUGAGAAAGAUUUGGAGCGCAUCUGGAAAAGAGCUGGUUUGAAAAGUCCUCCUGCGGGAUGGCAAACCCCCAAGAUAUUUCUGAAAAGUUCAAAGCGAUAAAAAUAAUGAGUUUUAACCUGUAAUUGUAAUUAAAAAAUAUUUAAGUACGC